AUGGUGACCUCCAGACAUAGGCGGAAAUGCGCCUCGCCCGACAUGUCAGAGGUGGGCAUCUUCCCGGCCAACUUCGUGGCGGAGGAGGAGCUGGACAGCAUCGCGCGCGUGUCGGACGUGAUCGAGCGCGUGCAGCCCGUGGAGAUCGACUUCGCGGAGCUCGACCUCGAGGAGGUCAUCGGCGUCGGCGGCUUCGGGAAGGUGUACCGCGGCUUCUGGCGCAACCAGGAGGCGGCGCGCCAGGACCCCGACGAGGACAUCAACGUGACGAUGGACAACGUGCGCCAGGAGGCGAAGCUGUUCUGGCUGCUGAAGCACGAGAACAUCGUGUCGCUGGAGGGCGUGUGCCUGCAGAUGCCCAACCUGUGCCUCGUCAUGGAGUACGCGCGCGGCGGCUCGCUCAACCGCGUGCUGGCCGGCCGCAAGAUCCGGCCCGACGUGCUCGUCGACUGGGCCGUGCAGAUCGCGCGCGGCAUGAACUACCUGCACAACGGGGCGCCCAUCUCGCUCAUCCACCGCGACCUCAAGUCCUCCAACGGUGAGCCCGGGCCGCCCAAGGCGCCCGCUCCUGCCCCUCCUGCCCCUCCCUGCCCCGCGCUGUGCCGCACAGUGCGCCCCAAGCACACUAUACUUCGAUUAUUGUUCAGAGGCCGAAGACAUUAG